AUGCCGUGUAGGCAGCCACCGGAUCGAGUAGGUGUUUCUUCAGACAAGGUAAGAAUCAAGAAAAAUUCGUACUUAUUUUAAUGCAAGUUAUUUCGUUAAAAAGACGGAUUAUUUCUCUCGACAACUCCACCAGUCUCUGUUUUUGUGUUAGAAACCAUAGAAACCAGCCUUUGUAUAUGUAGCCAUAGGCAGAUAAAACGAUAAAAUAAAACGAAAAAUCCAACAACUCAUACGCAAGAGUGAUCGAGCCUUAAAAGGGGAACCCACACCCAAAAAGAAAAAAUUUACCCUCAAAGGGACAGGUGUCUCAUAUAUUGUAUGAAAAUUUAGGUCAUGGGUUUCUUGUGCAAGAUGAGGAGGCUCGACAAUUACAUUCACUGGCUGGAGUACCUGAAGGUCCCUGUGGAGUAAAAGAAUUACAGAAGUUUCAGCAAGCCUUGGGUUCACAGUAUCAAUUACUAGUCAUGCGUCGCAGUAAACCCUUUUUCUUAAUCUUCAAGAAACCGGUGGCACCUCAUCAAAUCCGUCUACCCAAAUCGGAUCAACAUUAUGAUGGGUGCACCGCGUUUCCGGCCUUUGUCAACCGAACCUAUUAUUGUUUAAAAUGUGAAAAGGGUUAUAAUGAAGAAGAUGUUAAAAAUGAUCCCUGCCGAGGAAACAAGUGGUAUCACCCUAGACUAUGCUCAAGUCCAAAAAAAUCCAGGUCGAAAAGCCACUGCUAAACUCAUGCUCAAUUCCUUUUGGGGCAAGUUCGGAGAGCAUCAAAACAAAUCUGUCACAGGCACUGUUCAAGAACCCUCUCAACUCUUCAAUCUAUUAACAGAUUACACUUUAGAUAUUCCCACAACCCGUCUCUGUACUGAAGAUGUAUUGAAAGUCGUUCACAAAAGUCAACAUGACGCAGCCGAUAAAGGUACCAAAGUAAAUAUCUUCAUUGCAGCCUUCACAACCUGUCAUGCACGCUUAAAACUUUAUCAAGCCAUGUAUACUGUCAAACAACAAGUUCUCUAUUAGGACACUGACAGCGUCAGUUACCUCUGGUCACCUGAACAACCCAUCAUUCCCAUAGGCGAUUAUUUGGGUGAGAUGACAGACGAAUUAGAAGGGGAUGUCAUUGUGGAAUUUGUGUCUCGGGGUGCUAAGAAUUAUGGGUACCGUACUCGUAAUGGUAAAGUGGAAUGUAAAGUCCGUGGCUUCACUCUCAACCAUCGUGGUGCAGCAGUUCUUAACUUUGACACUAUGAAACGCAACAUCCUGUGAGAAUUAAAUGAGCAUCAAGACCACCCUCGUCAUCUCAACGUCAUCAAUUCACAUCACUUUUUUUGUGAUACCACAGCCAAAACUAUUGGACCAACUAAACGUGUCAAAAAGAAUGGUCUCGUCUUUGACAAGCGCGUGUUGGAUCCAGACACCUGUGUCAGUGUUCCGUUUGAAUAUUUGUAAUUAAUUUUGUUCUUUCAACGUGUAUUAUUUCCUAAUUAAACAACAAUUAAAAUGUAUUUUUACUUUAACAAUGUUUGUUAAUUGUUUUUGAUAAACUUAAUAAUGUCAUUACAGCCCAUAAACUUUCUAUGACGUCACUGCUGGUCAGUUGGGGUCUGCUAUUUGCAUCAACGUCAUUCUAAGAACAGCUGCCCCAACUGACCAGCUAUACUACUGAAAAGCAUUUUUGCUACCUUGACUAAAUGUUCAAUAGUGAAAAGAGGUUUGUCUCCUUUUUAUCCUACUACGUUUAUUUCUCUUAAAAAAGUGAGCAAAACAGGUUUCUGGAGUAUUUACCUGCACAACUCUUGUCAGAACAUGUAGUUCAUUUAAGUCUUGAAUGUAAAGCAUAAUAUAAAUAUAAUAUAAGUAUAAAUAAACUUUUGUUCCCAAGAUACACUGUAAGUGAUGGCAAUAUGGCAGAAGAAGCAGGUCCAUGAAGUUUUAAGUUAUAUGUCAAUAAUGUCGUUAUGGUAGUGAUGUAGUGGGACACUCACUAUAAAAUUAAUACAAUGAUUUACCUGGAGUCAAUUGUCUUGUUACAAAAGGGUUUCUCGAAUUUUUUUGUUUUGUUUUUGCACAAAGAAGGUCUUAGUUUUAACAGGUACGGUGUAAUCAGGAUUAUGAUGACCGCUUGGGGUUAGAUUUGAGACAUGAAAGUUACAAGCCAGCAUUUUGUUUAAACUAGUUAAUUUUGAUAUCAGUUAACUCAGGAAAUGAGUAAGUUUAGUGACCUAGUGUGACUGCAGCCGGUAAUAAUACAUGUUAUAUCUAACAGCAACCUUUAUGCUAUAAAAGGCUAGAAUAUUUAGACAGAAAAGGACAAUAGUAUUUUUCAUGACAACCAUCUACAGCUUUAGUUUCAAUAUUAAUGAUCUCAAUUAUGUAUAAUUUCUGUUUGUUGCAGAAAAAGCUAAAGAGACAACGCGAGUCAACCUCUAUUUCGAAGAGGGAUUGUUGUAA